AUGGAUCUCCUCAACAACCUCGCGGGCCAGGUCGGUGGCAACCAGAACAACAACCAGCAGCAGCAGCAGCAGGGUGGCCAGCAGCAGGGCCAGUCUGGGGGAUUCAACCUCGGUUCCACCCUCCAGGGACUCACUGGCGGUGGCAACAUGGAGGACAAGCUCAACAGCAUGGGUGGCGGCGGUGCCCAGGGCGAGGCCGACGAGGAUUUCCUUGACAAGGCGCAAAGAGGAGACGCCAAGACAAGCACAGUUCCAUGUGCUCCCUAUGCUCUCCACCUCGCGGCUGUGAUCGGGUCACGUGACGAUAUUACCCACUCCUCUCAACUAACACUGCCUGCAGGUGUCGACCUCGUCCAGCAGUACGGCAUGGGAGGAGGCCAGCAAAGCAACGAGACGGCCGCCGAACAAGCUAAAGACGAAGUUAUAAGCGAUAUGAUUAGGGGAAAGUACAAGGAGGCGACUGGCAGUGACUUCUUUGUUGCCGACAAGGAAAAGCACUUUGGCAACGUCGGCAACUCGCAGCAACAGUAG